AUGACUUGGUGCUUUUAACAGUAUAAAUUAUAAUAAAAGUAAAUGUAAAUAAAUCUUAUAAGAUUAAUUUAUUUAAUGAUAUUCUUUGUUCGUUUGAUUAUUUACCAAAAAUUUCGUGAAAAUUUCUGUUUCUUCUUUUUUACAUUGACUAUUUUUUAAAAUUGUAGCUCAUUACCGUGUAUUACGAGGCCAAAAAUGUUUCUUGUGGCAAAUAGUGUAAUUGUAAAAUUUUUUUAAUCAAUCGGUUUUGAGAAAACCAGUUUAAAUUUUGUAUUCGAUCCUUGUGUAUGAUCUCUAGUCUAGAAUUUUUUAUCCAUAGGUAAAAAGUAAUCUAAGAAUGGGUGACCAACCAAUUUUUGCAAUACAUUUCUAUAAUAUAGAAGGUGAUACAGUAAAUGAGAGGAAGAAGAAUUUCUUCAAAUUAUUGUCCAAUACACAAUUUCCUAAUGAACAACAACUAGAAAGCGAAUUGACAAAUCUCAAACCAAUUACUUACCAACAAAAUCUAUUUUAUAUUGACACACUGAUACAUUUUAAAAGAACUAAAGAACUAUUAGAAAUCCUCAAACAAGGAAACGAAGUAUAUAUAAGUAAGAUUUUGAAACAAGGAUGGUUAGUUGGAUCGGCUUUUGACAAUAUGGAUAUUGUAAAGUUUGUAUAUGAAUUUUUACCUUGUUUAUCAUUCUCUAUGAGGAAAAAGUUACUAAACAAGAUUUCAAAAUGUUGGCCAGAGGAAAAGAUGGAUGUUUUGUUUGAUGCUGUUAAUAAAAAAUAUGGCUAUGCAGUAUCUACUGCUAUUCUACACAAAUGUUCUGUAUCCAAAAUAAAGUCUGAAUUAGAAGAAAACGAAAUUCUAUUUCGUCCAAAUCAAGUAUUGAACAUAUACAAGAAAAGUGAAGAGCUUUUUGAAUUCUAUUUGAUGCACUUUAAUAAAAUUACUCAUACAAUAUACGAAGAAGACAAAGUUAUUCAUAAAGUUGCUUGCAAGAAUCCAGAACUGCUCCUUUCACUUGAGAAAAAAGGUCAAAUAAAACUUUUUAAAAUCGGUAGAAGAACAAGCAAAAAUAUGGUAACAAUAGCAAAAGACGAUAUACCUAAAGAUAGUGAAAGAUAUUUGAAAUUUUUGAAUAAAUCCGUCUUAAUAAAAAAACUCGGCAACAAUUUUCUACCCAUAUACAAACAAUUGUUUCCUAGAAAUUUUUUACAACUAAAUGCAUAUUGUUCCAGCGUCAGAUUAUUACAGUAUUACCCAAAAAAUGCCAGAUGGAAUUUAUUCCAAAAAACCUGCAAUGAAAUAUUCCCCAACAAAUCCUUGUACGAUAUUGUAUUAAAAUUUCGUUCAUUACAAACUCUAAAUCCCCCGAAAGAAAUUACUUUAAAAUGGGCUGAGGCUCAUUAUGAUCAACAGGAACGAAACUUCACAGAAUUUUUGAAAUAUUACGAACCUUCCAAAGCGGUUCCCCUCAUCAAAGACAAAAUAAAUGUUUCAUCUAAUAUUACCGAGAGGAAAUCUUUACUGUGUUUACUCAUUUCUGUAUGCAAGGAAAAUAAUGAUUUAAACACCCUGGAAGAAGUUUUGAAGUACAUUUGUUUUAGGCACCGUAACGAAGACAGUUUCAUUAGAUGCGAUUUGUUAUCCAAGCUGUCGAAUGAUUUCGAUCUAGGCGACUUCAACGAAAACCAUUGGAAAUAUAUAGAUGAACAAAUCAAAAUUUUGAAAAUCACGAAGGAUUUCCACUUAUACAAUUUCAGAAAUUUAGUAGAGAAACAUUUAGAAUUUCUAUUUAAAACCGGCAAAAAUUACAAAAUUGUACUGAGCGAAUUCAUGAACGACAUAGUGGAUCAAAAAGAUUUCAAAUUAAUGGAUCUCGACGAUUUAUCUUUGGUUAAACGGAUUUACAUCGAAAUGGCAAAACUCAUUCCGGAAGUAUUCAAGGACUCGCCGACAUAUCGAUCAAUACAAACAAAAUUUCUAACCAUGUUUAUAAAAUUCAGCAUAAAGAAACCGGAUUACUGUCUAAACCUAAGAGAUUUCCCGGAAUUAAUAUCCCUUACACAAUCCAGUUUCGCUAAAAACGAAAACUUCGAUAGAGACGAUAAAGAUAUAAUAGAAAAAGUAAUCGAUUAUAACCUAAAAUUCCCUUCGACGGCCAUCCCUCACGGUGCCAAUAACAUCAUAACCAUAAUACAACAAGUGGUAAAAGAAGAAGAAUCCCUAUCGCGAUUCGAAUAUACUCUAACAUCGGUUUUAACCAAAAAAGAACGAGGCGUUUUCGGAAACGAAAUAUUCAACACUUAUUUUGAUAAACUCGUCGAAACGUACCCGAUACGUGGUAUAAUUAAAUGGUACAUGAGAAACGAACCGAGAACUUUAUCGCCCUAUAUCUCACAAAUCAUUAAAACCGCUUUGGACACAUCGGAAUUAUUAGAUUAUAAACUAAUCAAACAAUAUUCCCAUUUAGGGUUCGAUAGAAAAGUAAUUGAAAUAUUUAUGGAAAAAAUAACCGACGGAAGGGAUUUAUUCGAUCCGCUGUGCGUUUUAUUACCGACAGAAGAUUAUGUGAAUUUGAUUAACGAAAGGUAUUUACCCAAAAAAGAUAAAAUCGACGUUAACGAUAAAGAAAUGAAAGAACUAUUCAACAUACAGUGUAAAAUACUUAAAACAAUGACGAAGGUGACUGAACCUUAUAAAUUACUACCAGCAGUAAUGAAAUAUUGCAAGGGGGAUUUUCUGCAACCCGCCCUUCGUGCGCUGUACAGCGUUUUUUAUAGAUCACCCGAAAAAAUGUUGUAUUCCUACGCUCAACUGUUAUCCAAACAGGCGGUAUCCGCUAGAAAACACGCCAUAUUUCUAAGUUGCGCCGUAUUGGAUAAAGAACACACUUUAAAUAUGCUGGAAAAUACAAUUGAAAAUAACGUUUCCAGUCGCAAACACCAGUUUUCCGCUACGUUGAAAUACUUCUUGAAAAACCCUUCCGAAGAUUUACUCGAUAGAGUUAUAAACAGUUUUGAUAACAUCGAUAAAAACGAUAGGGAAACGUUGGAUAUGUUGAAGGACUUCGUUGUGCCCACAAAGUUUCGAUCCAAAUACAUCGAAUCCUGUUGGGAGUUCUUUAAAGGGUUAGAAGCUAAGGGGGUGAAGAAUAAGGAUUAUUUGGAAAGUUUGUUGAAGAAAAUGCACGAAGAGGAGCUACUCGAAUCUCUAUCGAGUGAAUUUUUAAUUGAUAAUAUUAAACGAGAGUUUCCCGUCGUUGAAAAUCGUUUAUCUAAUCUAGAUUCGUUUGUAAUGAGGGUGUUAAGAUAUAGAGUUUCGGGGAGAAAUGAAUAUUUCGGUGCAGUGUUUGAUUUGUUAUCGAAAUUACCGAAAAAAAUCGCGAAUAAUUUUUUCUCGGCGUUUUUCAAAGAAGCCGAUGAAACCGUCGAUGACGCUUUCCUUCAAAUUUUCCUUUCCUAUUGGGAAAAAACUUUUGAUAUAAUCGACUCGUUCGAUAAUACUGUAUGUUUGAAGUUAAUUAUAUCCAAGCGUCAAGGUUUGGAAGCUUGGGUUAGUUUUAUCGUUAAUUACUUGGAGCAACUUAUCGAUCAGUUCGGUUAUUUCGCUUACAAUCACUUUAAAGAACAAUUCGAUUUGGUUUUGUCGUCGUCGAUGAACGAAAUUGAAAAAUAUGCGGUUUAUUUGAAAAUUCUCCGAUGUAAACUCACCGCCACUAAUUGCGUAUUAGUUUUGGAAUUUAUUCGUCACAUCGACGAGGUCGAAGAAGAAGAAUUGUGGAAAAGUUAUAAAGAAAUCAGAAGUAUUUUGGAAAAAGUUGACAUUCCCAUUGUUCGUGUCAAUUACAGCAAUUUUAUUUCAGAUCAAGUCGUAUAGAAGGAAGAGUUUAUCUUCUUCGGCAGCUAUUUCUCUACCACGAGAUCUCCCUCAUCUAUUUUUUUAUAUAAUCGAGUUAAUUUUAGUUUACGGCUACCAAAAGCAGGUACGAUCCUUUUGAGGCCAACUAAUUUUAUUUUUGUUUUAAAUUAAAACUUUUUGUCUGGACAUUGAGAAUGAUUUAGUAUACAAUAAUAUCAUAAUAAUUAUCAACUCUGUACUGUAACUCAUUUUUAUAUUUUUUACAUGAAUUUGUAGUUUAUUUCCCGUGGAACAAUUUUUUCCAUUGAUAAAUUGUAGAAUGCAA